AUGAACAAUAACUGUAAUCUUAUUGCACAAGGCCACUUCACGAAUGGGAGCCAGCCGAUAACGUUUGUGUACACCAAAACGCAACAGACCUUCAUGCAUCCCUGCCGUGCAAUUUGCUCGACUUUUUUCGAGUGUUACAAAAUGAUGAUCGAUAUGAACAUCAAGCAUGUACAUACAUACAAGUUCUUUAACGGAAGAAGUACAGGUGUAGGCUGUAAUAAGUUGUUUAACCUGACUGCCCUGAUUGAAUGUGUUUCCCAGAUAGAAUGCCGAUCCUGCAUGCAUGUGCCAGCGCCAAACAUGGCCACCACCACCAAAAAGCGCCUCACACCCCUAGCUAGCUAUAGCCACCAUGUUACUUCCAUGACCACAUAA